CCUUAACCUCUCUUUCCUUCCUUCACCCACCAGCUUACUAGUGAUGCCCAGAAACAAGGGAAAAAGGAAUCGUCAAGGCUCCAGGAAAGUCGCAGUCUCAAUCCAGAUUGCAGAAAUUAUCACAUCGGUGGGCCAGAUGGUACCAGUCGCUGGUCCCUUCAUAAAGGGCAUCGCUGAGACAGCGAAGUUGCUCUUGGAUGAUAUGGAGAAAUUCAAAACCAACUCAGAGGAUAUGGAACACCUUGCAGACGACAUCUUAGACAUCGUAAGAAUCAUCCGAGAUGCUGGAAUGCAGGUAUCUGCGAUGCCUGAAGGAGUGAGAUAUGCUGUAGAUCUACGAGCAGCUUGCCUAGACUUCCAGGAGUUUCUAAUCGAUAUCUCGACGCAACUGAACGAAAUGAGGCGUAACAAAGGUGGUGUUCAGCGGAAAAUAUUAGAUUUUUUCGCUUCUCGAGACAUCAGAGAAGAUAUCAGUUGCCACCGAAGGGUGGUAGAUAAUGCCAGGGCGAACUUUCAAACUCAAUUAUUAUUGAACCUUUUUCAAGUAGCGGUGAAUUCUGACACUACCAUAUCCCGCAUGAAUGAGCAAAUAUCAGUGCUCCAGUCAACUGUUCGAACUUCAAUCGUAACCGCUCCCCCAAUAUCGACCACGACUCCCAUCGUUGAUCCCGUUAACCAUGGAAAUGAAACACAGUUGAUGAGGCACUACUACAGGAUGCCUGGAGGUAUCGACUUAGUGGAGGGUUUGCAAGACAUAAAUGUCAGGGCGCAUUCUGCAUCAGUAGUCCAGCUCAUAAACUGGUUCUGUCGGCUUCACCACCACUUUCUAUUCCUUUGGUGGUAUUUUCAUUUCCGGUGGGCCUUUUCUCCUAAUUUUGAAAUCUCUCUCGCAUCGUCAUCACACCGUGGCCUUCGAAUUUGGGCUGUCCUCAUCGGCAUCGAUGCCUAUCCAGGCGCUCCGCUCCGUGGUUGUGUCACGGACGCACUCGCAAUGGAAACAUAUCUGAUCAAGAAUCUCGGCGUGCCGAAAGGACAGAUCCAACGGCUUAUUAGCUCCAAAUACCCAUCGUCUAGUGGCUCCUCCAUUGGUAUAACUCACCAUUAUUCCUAUCCUACGCGUGCAAAUAUCAUAGAUACCCUCCUUGGACUCUCGAAAAACCGAAGAUUAAGGAAGGCGACAGUAUCAUCAUUUUAUUCGCGGGACGCGGUUCGAUAUUCCACUUCCAAGUCCACAUCAGAAAAUAGAUGGCAUCACCGCCUCUAUAAAGCUGAUGAUUUUGUAGAAGUGUUCUGUCCCAUUGAUCGUGGUAUCAUUGGGGAUAAAGGCGCCAGCAUUCCCAACAUCAGUGAACGAGAGAUAAAUAACAUUCUCCAUAUCAUUCAUCUCUACACAGGCGCUCACGUAACCUUCAUCGUGGACUGCAAAUAUGAUUUUGGUGUUCCAGAUAUAGGUAAUCGCACCGCCAUUCCGCUGGGGGAUUCUGGUGUCAGAAUGUUCAACUCCGCGAAAGAGCGUAUAGGAGACUGGUAUGGAUAUCGCGAUGUGUGGGCGGACACAUGGAACUAUGACAUAGACUCUCACACCAUUUUAGGCGCGGGUGGGCGCCGUGAAGUUGCCACAGAGUGCCAAUACCCGAAUCGCUUUGGCGGGGCCUUCACUCAGGCACUUGUGAAGAUGCUAAAAUCAGGCUCCUUGAACGAGGAAGCAACAUAUGUCGACCUUAGCAAUGCGCUACCAAGGCUGUACCCAACGUUAGGAGGGGCUGGAAUAUCGAAACGUCUUUCAUGGAUUUAG